CGCUUUAGCUAUCGUAACUUGCUUGCUUUCGUCUGCAGCGCACUAAAACUUAGAAGCAAGAACCGCGAGAUACAAAAAAAGGUAUAACCUCGCGGUGACGUAUCGAAAGCAAGCUCAUUUUAGGCAAAGCAGUUAUUUAUGACAUUUGCAGAGCCAUUGCAGCACAAUUCACUUUAUACAUCGCUCUAUAUACGACUUGGCAGCACUGAUUUCACAGAGGUGUUAACAUAAAAGACACUCUUCUCUCCCAUGCAGUUCUAAAGUCUCAAAUAAAAUUUGGUUGUUUCAUUCGCGUUUGCAGAAUCUCAAGGGGAUUUUCCUCUCUGUCAGUUCAUUGUGAAGAGUCGAAAAAAGAAAAAUCUUCAAGUGGCACUUUUCACAUUCACAAUCACAUCAUUCACAAACGCUAAUAGGAAGAGUCUCUUGUAAAUUGUUUUCCUGGUUCAAAAACUGAGUUUGCGUUGCUAAAUAUAGUGAUUUCUGGUUGUUGAAAACGGUUUGUGUGCUUGCUAUUUUUCUCGUAUUGGUGGAAAAAGGAAUUUUCACUAUUACAACAAAAUUUCCAAUGUCCAAACUAAAUUCACAUGGAGCGACGGGGCUUAGAAACAUCAAUCUCGAAGAGAUCUGGGCGGACCUGGAAGGUGGCAUAAAACAAGUUUACAAACAAGAGCAAAGUCUUCGUUCUGCUCGUUAUAUGCAGCUCUAUACACAUGUCUACAACUACUGCACCAGCGUUCAUCAACAACCGACAAAGGGGCAAACUUCUUCGAAGUUAUCGAAAAAAGGAACUGCAGUCCCUUCUGGUGGGGCACAACUUGUAGGCCAAGAGUUAUACAAACGAUUGAAAGAGUUUCUUGAGGACUAUCUGAUAGCCUUGCAAGAAAAUGGUAUCGAUCUCAUGGACGAGGAAGUGCUCAGCUUUUACACAAAACGAUGGGAAGAGUAUCAGUUCUCUAGUAAGGUCCUGAACGGCGUUUGUGCCUAUCUGAAUCGACACUGGGUAAAACGUGAGUGCGAAGAAGGUCGCAAAGACGUGUAUGAAAUUUAUCAACUGGCACUAGUGACUUGGCGUGGAAAUCUGUUCAAACACCUGAAUAAGCAGGUUACCAAUGCAGUGCUCAAGCUGAUUGAACGUGAACGUAAUGGCGAAACAAUUAAUUCGCGUUUGGUAUCCGGUGUCAUAAAUUGUUAUGUCGAGCUAGGUCUGAACGAAGAAGAUCCAAAUGCUAAAGGACAAAACCUUUCCGUGUACAAAGAAAGCUUCGAAAACAUAUUUCUUGAAGAUACUGAAAUGUUCUACACACGAGAAAGUGCGGAAUUCCUCCGGGAGAAUCCUGUUACCGAGUAUAUGAAGCGUGUAGAACUACGCUUGAAUGAAGAGCAAAAACGUGUGCAGGUAUAUUUGCAUGAAAGCACACAGGAUAGACUGGCGAAAACUUGUGAGCGAGUGUUGAUUCAAAAGCACUUGGAACAGUUUCGGACCGAAUUUCAAAAUCUGCUCGAUUCCGAUAAAAACUCAGAUCUGCGUAGGAUGUAUUCACUAGUAGCGCGUAUUACUGAAGGCUUGGUUGAACUAAAAUCAAUUCUUGAAAUGCAUAUUCAUAACCAAGGAUUGGCUGCGAUUGCAAAAUGUGGCGAGGCGGCGCUGAACGAUCCAAAAAUUUACGUUCAGACUAUCCUGGAGGUUCAUAAGAAAUAUAAUGCCCUGGUACUUACCGCAUUUAAUAAUGACAGCGGUUUUGUUGCAUCUUUAGAUAAAGCUUGCGGAAAAUUCAUUAACACUAAUGCCGUAACGGAUGCGAGUAAAAGUGCCAGUAAAAGUCCCGAACUACUGGCGAAGUAUUGCGAUUUGUUAUUGAAAAAAUCGAGCAAAAAUCCGGAGGAGGCCGAGCUUGAAGAUACUCUCAAUCAAGUGAUGGUCGUUUUCAAGUACAUCGAAGACAAAGAUGUGUUUCAAAAGUUCUACAGUAAAAUGCUCGCCAAGCGUCUUUGUCAUCACAUGUCCGCUAGUGAUGAUGCUGAAGCGUCAAUGAUUUCCAAGCUUAAACAGGCUUGUGGCUUCGAGUACACCAGUAAGCUACAGCGGAUGUUCCAGGACAUAGGAGUUUCGAAGGAUCUCAAUGAACAAUACAGACAGCAUGUUAAAGGUUUACGCGAAGCAUCCAAAUCCACAGGCAAUGAAAUUGAUUUUGGUAUUCUUGUACUGUCUAGUGGCUCUUGGCCAUUCAAUCAGAGCUUUACCUUUUCUUUGCCUUUUGAGUUGGAACAAUCUGUUCACCGAUUCAAUAAUUUCUACGCUAAACAACAUUCCGGCAGAAAAUUAAACUGGCUUUACAAUAUGUGUCGUGGUGAACUUACAACGAAUUGCUUCCGACUACGAUAUACAUUGCAGGCCAGCACGUUCCAAAUGGCUGUCUUGUUGCAGUUUAAUGAGCAGACAACAUGGACGAUUCAACAGCUAGGUGAAAACACAAGUAUCAAUCACGAAAGCUUAAUUCAAGUACUCCAGAUUCUUCUGAAAACAAAACUGCUCACAUGUUAUGACGAUGAAGCCAACCUUCAGCUUGGAUCUUGUGUCGAGCUUAAUACUGGGUUCAAAAACAAAAAGCUUCGGAUCAACAUAAACUUCCCGCUCAAAACAGAACUGAAAGUAGAGCAAGAAGCAACACAUAAACAUAUUGAAGAAGACCGAAAGAUUCUAAUACAGGCAGCUAUUGUAAGGAUCAUGAAAAUGCGCAAAGUACUAAAUCACACACAUCUGGUCGGUGAAGUGCUAAAUCAGUUGUCGACACGGUUUAAACCUAAGGUUCAAGUGAUUAAGAAAUGUAUUGACAUCCUGAUAGAGAAGGAAUAUCUCGAACGCCAGGAAGGACAAAAAGAUACGUACAGUUAUUUGGCUUGAUCAGUAGUUAGAUUACUGUUCGUAGCUAUACAUACAAUUCCUUGAAUAUCAAAACUGAAUGUAGAAAUAAAGUCUAACUAUAACAUUUAAUAGAGAACAGAUAUAAUGCCGACAUGCUGUAAUGUUCAAAGGAUUCAAGCUAAACCUUAAAAUAUACUGUUCCUCCGUCCUACAGAAUUUGAGAAACACGAUCAAGAUUCAGAUUAUAUUCAAUAUUUUUGUUUUGUUUCAAACUGUAUCUUGUUUUAGGCGUUUUAAAUUAAGGACGGAUCAGCUCUUUGAAAUUAAUUUAUGUUUUUGGUUUUUGGACACAUUUUCAAUAAAACGAUGUGAUAUCGUCCAGUGUAUCAUAAAAGAGUAAUAUGAUGUGCAAGACACUUUAGACGAAUUUUAAUUUUUUUCUAAUAAUUUUAUACCUUGUUCGCUUGUGGUUGUACACUAUUUUUUUUAAUUUACAGUUACUGACAUAUUCAAAAUGUUUUAGAGAACCCAGCGUCAAUAAUCCGUCAGAAAAAAUUACAAUAGUGCGAGUCCAUUUCUUUGUUGUACAAUAGAUAGCUAUCCUAAUGAUUCUACAGAGGAAAAUGUUGAUACAUGUUCAGAAGGAAAUUCUAAUCAUUUGAAUGAACACAAUAGACAAAAGAUGCGAUUGUAAAAUAAACGGUUACACUUAGUUCUCCACAAGAGAGCCUGCUGGCAAAAAUGUA